AUGUGGUACUGGAACCCUAAGUUUAGCUUUAGUCGUGGCCUUAGACCCUUAAACUGCGAUAAAGAUGUGCUUAAGUUUGUUGAUGAUAUUAAGGGUUUUCAAUUGGUGGAUGUAUAUGUUGAGCACACAAUAGAAGUGACUCCUGUUGUCGAGGAUUAUGUUGAUGGCUGUCCAAACUAUGUUGAUGAUGAAGCUGAAUCUGAUGUUGAAGUUGAAAAGGAGUAUGUUGAUGAUGAAGUUGAAAAGGAGAAUGUUGAUACCGAAGUUGAAAAGGAGCAUGUUGAUACUGAAGUUGAAAAGGAACAUGUUGAUGCUGAAGUUGAGGAUGAUGAUGAAGAGUAUAUUGCAACUGAGAGUGAGAUGAGUAGUUAUAGUCAUGACUUGAAUGAGUGUGUUCCUGAAAGUGAGGAUGAAGGACAAGAUGUGGAAUUGGACUGGACAACUAUCAUUCAAGGUGAUGAGGAUAAUGCCAAGGAUAUAUAUUCUGAGGAGGAUUAUGAUUCUGAUGUAUUGCACACACCUAAUGAGAGUGACAAUGAUGAUGAAAUAGAAAAGUUUCCUUCUUUUAAGAGUGAUUCCUCAAAGUUUGAGCUAGGUAUGGUGUUUAGUAACAAAGAAAAGAUUCAUGAGGCUUUGGCAGAAUAUGCUUUGAAGAUGAACAAAAAUGUUCAUGUCAAGAAAAAUGAUGGAAAGAAGAUGGUGAUAGGAUGCACUUUUCACAUGAGGAUUAGUAAAAGGGUUGGCAACCAAUUUUGGCAAGUUGUAAGUUUGGUUGAUGAACACAACUGUUCAAGAACUCCAAAUAACAGGCAAGCAAAGACUACAUAUCUGGCUAAGCAGUUUGGUGGAAGAUUAGUGCAAAAACUGUCAAAAAGCAUUUUUAACAUAUUUUGA